GUCUUCCUAAGCAGCAUGGCGAACUUGGAGCAUGCUGAAGACGACCCAAAACAUGUGAAAAUGUCCGGUGAAAUCCCCGCCGCCUGCGUCCAAGUCCAACCGGCUGAACUGUCCUCCGUACCGGGCAGAGAUGCGGACGCCGUCCCGUGCUCCAUCCCGUCGUUCGCCGCCGCCUCCGAGCUGCUGUCAGCGCCGUACUCGUGUCUGGUCAUGAACAUGCACCGGAGACACAUCGCCUUACCGCCCAUGUACCUGAACAAGAAGAGGACAGGUAUCCAGGGGGAGCUGGAGGCCGAGCUGCUCAGGUUCUCCCCGAGCCUGAAAGGAGUCCCUUUGGCUUAUGACAACAUCAGGAUUGUGGGCCAUAAGGGAGACAUCUUUGAUGACAGUGGCUACGUCCACAUGGACAUAGAGGCCAACUUCAUUGUGUUUCAGCCCAAAAAAGGACAAAAACUGCUGGGUAAGGUGAAUAAAUUAGGAGUGAGCCAUGUGGGCUGUCUGGUGCACGGCUGUUUCAACGCCAGCAUCCCCAAACCAAACCUGGUUACUUUGGAAACCUGGAGGGAUGCAGGGCCUAGGAUUGGAGCAGAGCUGGAAUUUGAGGUGACUGCACUUGAUGCUGACACUGCAGGGGUGCUCCUGAUCAGAGGACGGAUGGACAGGACCAGGGUCCAAGAGCUGAUGGCCAUGGGUGAGAGCACAGAGUCGAGUGUCCCUGCAGAUCAGCCAGAUGCAGCAGACGCGGAACCGAACCUAGAAACCACAGAGGAGUCUCCUGGUGACACCCCCAAGAAAAAGAAGAAAAAGAAGAAAGACAAAGUCAAAGAGGAGGAGAGAGAAGAAGAGGUAACACCUUCCAUGCAGCAGGAUAUUAAUGAAACACCAGAGUUAAAUGGAACAAUGGAUGAGGCAAAUGGCAACGAGGCUGGUGAGAAAAAGAAGAAGAAAAAGAAGAAGGAGAAACAUUCAAAAGAAGAGGAGCAGGAGGUUGCCCUCCCUGCCAUGGAGGUCCACGGGAGCGACUCCAGCGGCUACGUCAGCGACAAGCCAGGCAAAAAGAGGAAACAUGAAAAUGGUAGUGAUGUCACAUCUGGCUUCAGUGAAGAUCCUGAACCACCAAAAUCCAAGAAGAAGAAGAGGAAAAGCGGCAUUGAACAGUUUGCCUGAAAAACAGAUCGGAUUCUGUUCGGAAGUCAGGUUAGUUGUGCAGAGUAACUGAGGUGAUACCAACCAGGUUAAUAUACUGACGUGCCUUAACCAUCAAACAGUGUUUAAGGAGCAGGAUUUCUGCCCCAUGUUGGCUUCUUCUGAGCUCCACUAAAAUAAUUUAUACCAGAGAGUCAGGCUUGCAGCGGGAGCCUUUCUGCACCCUCAUUUUGUAGUUAUUGCAAAAGCACACGAGGGGACAGAUGCAGGCUCGGCAAGUCAGUCUUUAUUGGAUUGCGAUUCCCAUACGCUGCCUGAUGGGGGCGCAAAACUGCUGCACACAUCCACGCUGGGACACAAGUAUACAGGAGUGAGUCAGCUUCAUCUGUUAAACAUGAUCAUCAGUGUAACAAGGGAUGGAUUUUGCCUUUAAGUUAUGGAACCAAGUGACACAAAAGAAACUGAUGCAAGACGACCAAGACAGCAAAACUCAGUUCGGGAAAUUUGUCCUUUUGCCUCUUGUGCCUCCGUGAAGUCUUUUAUCUGUCCGUCUUUAUCUGCAAGGAAAGGAGGACAUUUUUUUGUAUUCACAGUAUUCAGUCAGAAUCACAGUAUGCAUCUUACACUGCAGUGAAGGAAUUGUUUCUGGUGUUGAGCUGACUUCCUGUAGUGUUGCGUUGACAGUUAUCACAUGAAGGUGUGUCAUCUUUUUUUUUUGGCUGAGAACCAAAAGAAAUUGAAAUGAAAUAUUAGAUUUUCAUCCCAAUUAAAAAUCCUUAUAUUUUGA